GAACGAACGUUUCGCAAAGGAAUCGCUGAUUCUGAGUGGUGUAAGAAUUUUCCUUUCUCGCGUUCACCUUCGACUUCAACGACGAGGAAGGAAAACAAAAAAAAAUCGCCGAACGCCGUUUCGCCAGCUCGCCGUACGCGAUCGAUGACGUCGCGACGGACAGCUGUGUCGCCGCGCCAGUUGACAGUUCGCUCGACUCGGGGCUAACCUCAAAUUCGCGCGAGGUCGGCCGUCAGACGACGUGUCCUCGACGUCGGGCGCAUCUAUCGACGGAGCUGCGCGAAUCGGAGUGUCGUCCAGUCUCCUGGACGGAAAAAGCGAUAGGAGACUCCACGAGGAAUCUCGUAGUUGGAUUCUCCAGGAGGAUCAAUCGCCGCGAGGAACUCACCGGGGCCAUCUUUCUCCGUCGGGUGCGCGCGCGUGUGCGGAAUCGAGUGCGAGGAUUUCGCGGAAACUCCGCACCGAGGAAUCGUGCGCGCGUGUUAAAUCCCGGAGUAGCCCCGGAAGUUAUCUUCGAUCCAAGUUUCUUUUUGGAUCUCGAUUGUUUCCCGAUCAAGGACUUUUCUCUCUUUCUCUCUCUUUCUCUCUCUCUCUUUUUCUAGUCUGAAUAUUUCUUAGAGAAUUAUGACUCUUUCCAACUGAAUCCAAAAAUUGACAGCUUGUCCUUAUUUUGAUCAACACUUAUUAUAUUAGGAUUAGUUAGUCCUUUUCUAAGUCGCGGUUGUCUCUCUAUUCAAAAAGGUAUAAGGAAAAGGAAAGCUGAAAAAAUUCGAUUAAACUAUUAGAAAACUUAGCGAUCUGCGUAAGCAUUGGUGAAACCAAUCCUUGAAUUCGACCUCGACGUCGUCGUCUAAGCGUACUUCGCGCUCGUCUAACCGCGAGAAUAUAGCGUCUUCUUCGGCCGUUGUAUUUCCGAACGCAGCGUCUUCAAUGCGGUACGGAUCAUUGAUCGAUACGCGAAUAGUCCUUUCGCGGCUUCGUGACCCUUGAAGGAUAAAGAGAAAAGAGGAGAGAGAUGACGAGGGAGCCAUGAGCACGGCGGACACCGCGCUGUCAAUCUCGAUCAAGAUGGCCCCAGGGCCGGAACAUCGUCAGGAACCGGUAGCUCCUGACAAAAUCGCUGAAAGCGACCGUGCCGCCGACGCCGCCGUCGCCGCCGUCGCUGCCGCCGCUGCUGCCGAUGUAGUUAUCGAUAUAGAGACCGUCAACGCCGUAUCGACGUCCGGUAGCAGCAACAGCAACAAUAAUAACGACGACAAUAAUAACGUCGCCGUUGCCGCCGUUGCCGCCGUCGCCGUCAUCGCCGCAGAGCAAACUUCGAACAUCGAGAUUGCUCCGGCUAAUUUUGCCGCUGGCGCCGCCGAUUCGAUCAGCCAAAGCUCACCGCUGAACAGCGGCGCCGACAGCAAACAGGAAGAAUCGACGACCCUGUCUAUGCUAAAUGAUAAACAAUUACGCGCUUUACUGGAUGAAGCUAUAACAUACAAGCGUCCAAAAGAUCGGGAAGGAAGGUCUAAGAUUUUUAAUGAACUUUUGUUAGAAGCAGAAGCGGAUGAGACUGAAGAAGGCGGUAGAGUGAUAUCUAAUUCACGCUGUUUUUCGGGCUCAAAUCGUAAAAAAGAGAAGCAAGGGUAUUAUGUGUCCGAUUCAAAUUUGCAUUUCAUAUCAUUAAGACGUUCGGAAUUUGAUACUUACGGAAAGGAUAGGAACAAGAACAAAAAGCAAAAUCCGGGACCCAGUGUCUCUGCUAGACAGAGAGAAGGUGGAUCGUUACCAUCAAAUGUAAAUGCAUCGCAUAACCUUGCUCCUUUGGCUAAUUUAGAUCUAAUAUUUGAUAAAAAGAAGAGCUUCUGUGAGGAACGGCCAGCUUAUGAUUGGACCAAUAAGGAAAAAUCCAAAUCUUUAGAUAAACCGUCAUAUACUAGUACAAAGAAAGAAGAAAAAGAGAAAGAAAAAAAAGAACUGAAAAGAGACACUGCUAAUAGUUCAGACGAGGCAGAGUCCGAAACACGAGAGAAACAAGUUAGCAAAGGAAAAUUCGGAACAAAUGAGAUGCUGGAAUCAGAUAAUCCACCUCCUGAAUAUAAAUCGGAUUACAUGGUCAUCGACUUGGGCGAUGUUGAGGUAGGUGCUAUUAGUGAAAGAAAUGUGGGGUCUACUGCGAGUGGGAUUCAGAGGCCUCGCUCGUUAGACACUGAAAAUGACGAAGGGACUGAAUUGAAAAUUAUUGAACCGCGCAAAUCAAUCCAACAAUAUGUCACACGGGCAUCUUUCGAUAUAGUAGGACAGACAUCUGUGGACACCACUAUAGAGUUUCCUAUACGUGAUCAUAAGCAAGAGAAAUCAAAAAUGUCUGUUAAUGGUACAGAGGUGACUGGGGCAUUGUUUCAACCACACAACAGUGUAAAAUGUAUAGGUGGGGCUUCAAAUGGUUCCAGUACUAGCCAAAGCAAAAUCGUACCCAGUUUAUGCUCCGUGAUGCCAGCGUCUUGGCAAACGCAGAAUAUAACAAUGGAAGGUCCAAGGUAUACAACGCAGCACAUCACGAUGAAGGAUCCAUCCGUGUCGGGAGAAAAGAAAUCAUUGGAUGAAAACGGAAACGCUGUACAGCCCUAUAAUGGUGAACGGAAGAAGCCCAGAAGGAAACAUACUCAGGAACACAAUGUCAAAGUUUAUAAUGCCGAAAAUGUCGAAGGCCAUCGUAAUGAGGAUAUCGACAGUCUAAUUAACUUCAUUGAGAAUAAAGAAUCCAAGAGCAAAAAAGGAAAGACUGGUAAUCCCGUUAGAGUGAAAACUAGUUCUGGUACAAAACCGAGAACCAGAGAGAAGGAUACAAAGAGAGAACAAUUGCCUUCCAAGUUAAAGAAGUCUAAUUCCUUAGAAGAAAUCUCGAAGACAAAAUUAGAGGAUCUCACGACGGAAAAGAGUCCCAGUUCCAGUGGUGCCAGCAGCGUAUCCAGUCAACAUGGAGUAAAUAUAGCACUGCGACGUCCAAAACAAAGGAGCACCGGAGAUGCGACAGUUGAUAGUCGAGGCGACAGACGAUCCUGGGGGACAGAGGAAGGUCAAUCGAUAUAUUGCAACGAUACAGGGGAGGAUUACAUGAGUCGUCGUAAUUCAAAUAAAAAGAUUAAUCCGGAACCGGAACAUGAGACGGAGUUUCUGGUAGUUACGAAAAAGAAAAAGAGCAAAAAACAAAGAAGAAGCUCCAGUGGCAGUAGGGCACAAAACCUAACAACAUCGGGAUCGUAUCUCCAAAAUUCCAGAGGAUUCUCUAACGACUACAGGACACCUCUUUCUCCUGAACUUCGAAGAAAAUCAGCUAGUAGUAUGCCUCCAAGCGACAAGUCGGCGGAUAGUAGCGAUUUGGAUUCAGUCCAUUCGUUGCCGGUUACAUCGAAUACCUCGAAGCAUAAUUUGUCUAAAGUUGCAACAUCGUCAGGCGGCACUCCGCAAGCGAGUUACGCUGAUAUAGCACGCAUGGCUACUAUUAACAUGCCACAUAAUCUGACAAUGUCCGCUAUGCUAAAUACGUCGUCGUGGCCCAGUGUUCCGCCUAAGACUUUUUCGGAACCGGAUAAAGUGCCUCAAGAUUAUUAUCCAAGUUUAGAUGAAUUGCAGCAUCCGGAGAGAAAAGCGAGACAGCAACAGACACAAUCGAACCAUGCAGCAGCAAGUUUAAGUUUGGCUUUCGAAAAACCACUUUCGCCGACUCUGACGAAAAUGAAAAAUUCGUCAGAUAGAAAGAAAGCCGAAGCUCAGGAAGAGGCCAUCAAUAAGAACAUCCAAGUCUUUAAAUAUGUGCAAGAUAUUGAGAAAAUGCAUGAAAGCCUAACGCAAGCAACAGAUCACAAGGAACAGAAGAACGUGACUUCUAACAAUUACAGCUCGAAUUCAAACGAGACUAUCGCGACAAACGCCGUAACACCAAGAUAUAAUAAUAAUAGUACAAUGAUGAAUUAUAAUCCAGUCGAUACUGAUAACAAUCCUAAUUGUACUGUCAACAAUAAAGAUUCUGUUACGCUUCCGAGAGCUAAUAAUCCUCGCUCUCGUAGGAAUUACGUACACAGUAAUCAAAAUGUACAAACUCAGGGAUCGCAUGAAGAGCAACACAUUAAAAAGCCCGGGUCUUCUUAUAAUGAGGAGACAAUUAAAAAAUCGCAUAAUAUCGACAUCUCGCAGUCCGAAAACAAGGCUAAUCCAAUAAUCGUGCCACAUGACUGCGCGGAUGCGCAAAAGUUGAAGACUGCGAAACCUAUGCAGGACUCGCAGAGCGGUGAGCCCGAAUCUAGCAACAAGAUGACCGGCGGUGAUUCGAGGUCAGCGAGGGUCACGAAAGAAUAUCAGAAUACCGCGAUGAAACACGAUGCGACAAAAGUGGGAGUUUGUCAAUCGCAAAACUCGAAGCAAGACAAUCAACAGCGCGAUGAGACGGAAAACAAGAAGACAAAGUCACACAACAUGCAGCCCGAUAAAGAUCAAUCGCAAAGACCAUCCGUGGAAACGCAACAGAUAAAGAAUUUGACUCCUAGACCCGCAGUGAUCCUUUUGGACGAGACAUCCUCUGACAUCGCGAAAAACAACAAUCUGCCGACGGAACUCACGUUUGGUUUCGAAAUAAACGAGUUGUUGCUUUCGGAAGAUAACGGCAACGAGGAAACCCCGACGAUCGUGGCGAAUCCUGUUUUUUCCCCGACCGUACCGUCGCCCAACAAUUUCGAGAGGAAUCCGCCAUUGUUUACCGAGAAACCUGUGAGAUACGACAAGUUCUCGAAUUAUCACAUGCAACAACCAAACGCUCACGUGACACCGGCGAACACUCAUCCCGUGCAUCCAGUUAUGGUACAAUCGUUGCCGUACAUGGGCUAUCCUACAAGAUUUGCGCCACCUACAUAUCUGCCACCACCGCCUCCACCGCCACCCGGAAUCAUGGAGAAGUUUCAUCCACCUAAGGAAGAUUUCUCGAUGCUUUACGUAGCACCCGAGGAAGAGUUGAAUGUGCAGACGUACAAUCAUGAUAAGAUCGUGUCGUUUGUUGGCUUAGCAUGGGAUGCUGUCAUGAAAGAAAUGCCAGUGACAACCGGUCGUAUACAGUUCUAUAGCGGACAGUGAAGUGAGAAAGUUCGCCGUGUCGAAGGAAAUAGACAAUGACAGUAACUUUUGUACUGGUAACCACUUCCAUUGCAAAUAGUUAGUUCGAUGAGUCUCGAUCACGUUGAUACGCGAGAUCAAGUACUUGUAUGUGUUGCGUGCACGGUUGCUCCUCUCGAGACGUAAAGUUCGUUCAGAGGAUUGUCUGUCUUACUUUGAGUCAAACGCGCAAGAUUGAUGGAGCCGAGUGGUGCAAAGUGUGCCUCAAGAGAUAAUAAUAGCAAUGUACAUAUAUAACCAGUUGACAGAAUAUAGAAGGAUAAAGUAUAUAUUCCAGCAAUGUACAUUGUACUUGCAUAAAUUUCCAACGAUUGUGACAGUGUCGCAGAACUUCAGUAUUGACAAUUAAAAACUUUUGGUCGAAAAAUAUCUCUCUUAAAAGAUGGAGAAAGAGAGAGAAAAAGAGAUGUAUCCUAUUUCUUUGAAUAAAGGGAACUUCCAGCGUACAAGUCACGCGUGUAUAUACGUUAGACAUCUCUAUAAAUUUCGAAGAUCGUCUUGGUUUAUAUGAGUGUACGAUUUUAAAAAGUGCUUAAAAGAUAAUGCUACAAAGACUUGUAACAACCAGAUCUACCAUAAAGCGAGUCUUAAAUGGGAAAAGUCGAAACAGCAUCAACAGUAAUAUCUCCUGGUGCCUUUAGAGCUGCGAAUCUUCAGGCGAAUCAAUGGGGAAGUAUCGAAGAAACCUGCACUAAUCACAUCGAGAAAUCUAUGAGAAGUACCGUAAAACAUCUGUAAGUAAAUUCGAAUUGAUAAUUUCGAACUCGUAAACUGAUGAAACGAUUUAAGAUGAGACGAUCUUAUAAUCUUAAAUCGAUCAUCAUGGAAGAUCAGCAAUGAUCGGUGAGUCGAAAUAUGAUGGAAGUCAAAAUGUAUACACAGUUAACGUACUUUACUCGAUAAAUGCAAAUUAAGAUGUGCGGACUGUAAAUCAGAAAAAUGUAAAUGCGUGGUUGUGUAAUAUAUUGAGAUAAUGUGGUUGACUUAGAACUCAGAGUGGCUACUUCUUCCAGUUGUGGAGCAUUCGAUAAUUUAAAAUAGUAAGGGAAAAAAAGGUCACUAACUGGGUUUCGAAAAUGUCAAAGUAAGCUCAAAGUCUGGUCAAAUGUCUGUGAAGAUAGAAUGCUGAAUAUUCGAAAAACAUUAAAUUUUUACACAGACUUGCUUAUUUAAUAAAAAAAAAGUAACUGAUAAUUAUUCGUAAUGAUAAUUAUAAGAAAAUGCUUGUGAUCGAUAAAAAUAGUGUGAAUGGCGUGUGUAAUUCGUGUGUCGGAUGAUCAUAAAAGUGAGAUUGCUGUUCGAUUGCAGAGAAAGGCAUUGUCCCGGGAAGAUAAUUCGUGUGCGCUAUCUUAAUGUGUAUCGUUUGCUCAUUAAAUGUAACUCGACUUUCAUCAAAGCUCUAUACGCGAGAUACGUUCCCAGUUCCUAAGCUUUCGUUUCGUCGAAUGUAUCUUACCAACGAACGACGAUUUUUGAAACGCGCGAAGGUUCUCUUGCAUUUUCUUCUUUAUUUUCCGAGGCAUUAAUUUACAGGCGUAAGAAGAAAAUGUGACCACGUUAUUAUUUCGAUGAAACACGUAAGUGAAAGCAAUGUACGCUCUGUAAUAUAACAUGUAUGUAUAUACGGAAAUAUAUAUACGAGUGGAACUUUUAAAUUAAUUGAAGAUAAAAAGAAAAGAUAUAUAAGUUGUAUCUUAAAUUCGUAUGCCUGUAAAUAUCUAAAAAAAAUUGAGCCUAAAAACAAUAAUGCAUAUAAUUGCCGCUUUUAACUACUGUAAUUGUACGGUUUUUAAAUGUAAGUUUAUGAGUUCUGUAACCUCAGGAAAGUACACUGUAGGUUCAGGAUAUCAUAUUCCAAAUUAAUCCCUUUGCGUUUGAAUUAACUUUUAGUUACAUCUUUCAACUCGUUUCACGACGCUGUCUCCCAUCGUCGGGGCACGAAAAUACAUUCUAAUAAUCUUAAAUGAUUUAAUUAUUAACAUUGUUAUAAAAUCGCGAAAACGUGUCAUUCUAAAAUCUUCGUACAGCAGUCUCAUACAUCUGUGUGAAGAAUAGAAUGAGUGAAUGAGUGCGAAUCGUAGAAACUUAUCGUUUUCAUAGGUAAUAAUGAAACACAAGAUAAGUUUCGUACGGAAGCAUGAAAGUGUGUGUAGUAUUAUAACGCGAGUUAAUUAUUAAUUAAUGAAUUAGAAUUGGUAAAGUUUGUUAUAUAUCGUUCUUUAUUUGCGAAAAUAUCAAAAUUGUGUAAAAACGAAAAAAAAGAUAGCCGUACUCCGUUGAUAAUUUUCAUUUUUGUCCAGUAUAUAGGAGAUAGUUCCAGCUGGAAGUACAGCUUUCGAGAUAAGCGAGAAAAUCGAGAUAUUUAAUUGUACGACGCAAGCGUUUAUCGCGCAUAUUGGAGAGUAACUCGGAAAAAAGAGGUACGACUGUAGCCGCAGCUAAAAUACCUUACAGACUUGACAAAGUAUCCCGAAGUGUCUCGCUUUCUUUUUUUUUUUUCCUUUUUAAAACAACUUCGCAGGAGACACGCGUUUCCGAUAUUACGUUGACUGUCUGGACGCCUUUUUAGCUCUAUCCUUCCCUUCUUUUUGUCCCAAUUAUCACCUUUUUAUAUAAUACAUUACAUUCAGUUGCUAAUGUCGAACAGUUACAUUCCAAAAGUGUAAUCGCGAGAACCGCCUUUCCACUUCUUCGACCGAGAGAAACUUUCUUUUUAAUCUUUCUUAUUCGUGCUCCUCCCAGAUUCUUUCUCUCUCCGUGAUGUAUGUUGCUCCAACGGAGAGUAUACUGGACUGCACGACUUUUUUCUUUUUUUAUCUUUCAUUUCCUUUUUAUUUUCAUUUUACACGUAUAUACAUACACACACCACGCACCUCUCGACAUGCUGCACAUGCUGUGAACAAUCUCGCGGUACACCGGUUGUUACUUUAACUGAUAAAUCGCUCGAGCAGCUCGUCGUUGCCUCUCACGCGAAUGAUACUCUCUCUUUUUCCGAGCUACUUCGACUCCACGCGCGAAAAAAAACUAUAAUUCAAAAACACAAAAAAAAAAAGAAACAGAGUCAGGUGCUCCAUUCGCCUUAAAAUGCAACUGAAUGCAGUCUCAGCCUGUGCCAUGUUGACCGGUUCAAAUGGCUAAGUGAUAAAGAGUUCGCGAAGACUAGUGCAAAUGUACUUGUGGAACAGGACUAAGCGAAAAAAGGAAAGAAGGAGAAAAAAGAAGAUUAGGACCAUUUAACAGUGUACAUAGCGAGUGUGGGAUGGCAGCUACGCCAACCUAUAUCGCACAUGUAGAGUAUAUAUAAUUACUUAACGUUUCUUUUUUUUUUUCUUCAUUCGACGUACACACAUACAUGAAAACGCGCGGAAAUUCGUUGCGGACCGGUCGGGAUUGACUUUUGUCUCUUUGAUCUGCAUCGCGUGAGAUUAAGAUCAGGCGGUUAACGACGAGUAGACGCAACUCGAGAAAAACGACGAGGAAAGAGAGAAGGACGAGCGAACACGAAACAAAGAGAAAAGAAAAAAAAAA